CCUCACGUUAUGCUCGUUCCGGGGCGCAGUGAUCAGCGGCUGCGCUCCGUACGCUGGCUGUCGGUGAAACACAGUGAUGCGCUCCUUGCCAGCUUCGUCUCUGGAAAGGAGCGGACCCAUCAACAUAUGACUUUCUCCAGGUUCAAACCAUUAAGAAUGCAUGGCUUAUAGGCCACAAUUCAUGGCCCAAAGGAAGAGGCCUGGGACCAGUGGGGGAAACAGCAUGCCUGGUCCCGUCCCUGCCUCCUGUCCCACCCCUCGUCCUGCAGAGUCACGGGAUCUGAAAGCCCUGCCAGUGCGGGAGCGCCCACUACGCUACCACAAAGAGUCUCACAAUCCAAAACCACUUCCUCAUUCCUGCAACGCCCAAUUUUCCAAGCCUCAAGAUGUGGGCCGCGGUCAUCCGGAAGAAGAUGUAGAUGUUGAUAUGAAACAGUAUAGCAACCAAGAUGCUGACUCACAGCUUGAGAAUCAGCGGCCAGCUACACCGUCAACACCUGAGCAUCACCCUCAUGAGGGUGAGGACAGCAACAACCAUGAUCAGGCAGACUUUCAUGGUGAAGCUGACAGUCUGGAUGAUGACUCCAGCUCUGACUAUGUAAACAACACUUCAGAGGAUGAGGAAGACUAUGAUGAUGGAUUAGCAGAGGAAGAUGAGGGAGUCACUUAUUACAUUCGCUACUGUCCUGAGGAUGACAGUUACCUGGAGGGAAUGGACUGCAGCAGUCAAGGAGACUGUCACCACAGCCAGGGAGACUGCUCUGGUAGCAUUCAGCAACACGGAUCCCACGUUGGUGAAUGCCAGGAGGCUGAGGAAGGAUGGGCAGAGGAGGGAGAGGAGGAGGCAGAGGGAGUGUUGAGAGAGGAGGAAUGGGUUGAAGAUGAUGAAAGAGAGGAGCCAGUGAGAGAGGAGUGGGAAGAAGAGGAAGAAGUGGUGGAGGAAUGGAGAGAGGGAAAUGAGGAGGCACAAGAGGAAUGGAUUGAGGAGGGCCAGGCGAGCCAGGAGCAGUGGACAGAACGGGAAAGGCAAAGGGUGGAAGAGUGGGGUCAGGGGGAGGGGGAGGUCCGCUGUGAGGUGGUUGAACAAGAUCCCGAUGAACAGAUUUACAAUGGACGCCCAGAGCCCAUAUUGGACCACCAUCAUCACCAGCCUCUGAUCCAAAACACCCCCUGCCACACCCAGAGGCAUGACCGAGAGGAGGAAGAGGCAGAGAGUGAGGAGGGCUGUCCAAAUGAAGACGAAGACGAAGAAGGUGAUGAGAAGGAGAAACAUGGAAGAGCUUACACUGGAGACUAUUAUCCUUCUGAAGACAAUGGGAACUCUGUACGAGUCUCCCCAUACCGCAGCCGUAAGGUGCUGGUAGUGGAGGGUGAGACAGGGGAGGAGGCAGAGGAGGACAUUGAUCAAAUUGUUGCUGAGAUCAAGAUGAGUAUGAGCAUGGGGAGUCUAAGCAGUGGAACUGACCAAUCCCCAGAGGAGCUGGCACAGGACCCUGUAUCAAUUGACUAUCCUCAUUCUAAGUCUGAGGCAGCAUCCUAUGCACCAGUUCACCAUCGCCACGACAGCAGGCCCAAGUCUCUGAACAUCCCCUCCAUGCACCAAAACAACCCUGACCUCCAGAGGGCCAUCAAGUCUCAUCCACGCUCUCCUGAAGACAGACAGAGAUGGGUUCAAGAGCAGGUAAGUAAUGGUCCAGAGCAACCGAGAAAGCAGCAGCGCUCCGAUCUCAAUGUCCCUUUGGAAAACAACAAUGUACCAGAGCCAACAAAGAAAGUUGCAUCCUUCCCCAGCUUUGUUGAUGUCCCUGGACCCUGCGAGCCAGAAGACCUGAUUGAUGGCAUUAUCUUUGCUGCUAACUACCUGGGCUCCACCCAGCUGCUGUCUGAGAGGAACCCUUCCAAGAACAUCCGGAUGAUGCAGGCACAAGAAGCUGUCAGCAGAGUCAAGAGGGUUCAGAAGGCUGCCAAAAUCAAGAAGAAGGCGAAUGCCGAUGGAGAUGCUCAGACUCUGACUGAGGUCGAUCUGUUUAUCUCUACCCAGAGAAUUAAAGUCCUAAAUGCAGACACACAAGAAACAAUGAUGGACAAUGCACUGCGCACUAUCUCCUACAUUGCUGACAUCGGGAACAUCGUAGUGCUGAUGGCGAGGCGGCGGAUGCCUCGAACAGCUUCCCAGGACUGCAUUGAGACUACACCUGGAGCGCCUGAGGCAAAGAAGCAGUACAAGAUGAUAUGUCAUGUCUUUGAAUCUGAGGAUGCCCAGCUCAUUGCUCAAUCCAUUGGUCAGGCUUUCAGUGUGGCCUACCAGGAGUUCCUGAGAGCCAACGGCAUUAACCCCGAGGACCUGAGUCAGAAGGAGUACAGUGACAUCAUCAACACACAGGAAAUGUACAAUGAUGACCUCAUUCACUUCUCCAACUCUGAAAACUGCAAGGAGCUGGUGCUGGAGAAGAGUAAAGGCGAGAUCCUGGGCGUGGUGAUCGUGGAGUCCGGCUGGGGCUCCAUCCUGCCAACAGUGAUCCUGGCCAACAUGAUGAACGGCGGGCCAGCAGCUCGCUCAGGCAAGCUCAGCAUCGGAGACCAAAUCAUGUCCAUCAACAACACCAGCCUCGUGGGGCUGCCACUUGCCACAUGUCAGGGAAUCAUUAAGGGCUUAAAGAACCAGGUUCAGGUGAAAAUGAACAUUGUCAGCUGCCCUCCGGUUACUACAGUUCUCAUCAAGAGACCUGAUCUGAAGUAUCAGCUGGGUUUCAGCGUCCAGAAUGGCAUAAUAUGCAGCCUGAUGCGUGGAGGCAUCGCUGAGCGAGGCGGGGUCCGUGUGGGUCACAGGAUUAUAGAGAUCAACAGCCAGAGUGUGGUGGCCACAGCACAUGAGAAGAUUGUUCAGGCGCUCUCCAACUCUGUUGGCGAGAUCCACAUGAAGACCAUGCCGGCGGCCAUGUUCAGGCUUCUAACCGGACAGGAGACACCCAUGUACAUAUAAGCAGCCAAGAUUCACGUCUACACAGGACAGGAAAACGUUCAUUUAUCUCGCAACAAAAACUACUAGCAGAUCAUGCCUCCCCACUGAUUCCUUUUUCCCUUUUUUUGAACUCUUUGGGCUGAAGACAUUAAUUCUUUAUCAUUUCUCACUUGUCUGUAAUUAACAUGCAACUGCUAUUUAAGUACAGAAGAUGUUACGUCCUUCUGACCAGCUGAAUAGGUGGCAUGUGUGUGUGUUUGACUAUCGCUAAUUCAUUUGUCGUGUCUGAGAUUGUGUUUUGUUCCUUCAUUGAAACAGUGUGGACAGAGUAACUGCUUGAAUGUGUCACAGUUUAUUUUUUGAAAUCCAUGUAAUGCAACAUAAUCGUCCUAAACGUUUUGUACAAUUCCGCUAUUAAUUUAUUUUGCAUGUAUGAAAGGCAGUUGCCUCUGGGACAACAGAGCCACACCUGCACUGUAAAUAUUUCCUGAGAUGGAGGGAGACCACGAUGGUGGCAAAGGCACAAUUACAAAAAUCAUUUAUUAGUUUCCACUGAAAAGGGUCACGAUUUAUUUGUUUGAAUAUGCCGAGCUAAUGUACUGUACAUGUGAAUCAAACCAAUGCUCACAAGCAGGGGUUUAUGGGAGAAACGCCAUAUCCUGUUUAAUUUCAAGGCAAUACAAGAUUUCAACCUCUAAAAACAUGUUUUUUUUAAACCACAUGUACAUUUAAUUAACAAAAAAAAGUUGAAACUGCAUUCAUUCUGCUUUUGAUAUCAGGUCACAUGUACAAAUAAUGUCGCUUUAUUCAUGCGUUACUGCUCCUGUCUGCUCAUCUUUGGAGUUCUGACUGAAACCCAUGCUUACUAAUGACUGGACCGUGAAUGUAAAUGUGUUGUGUGAGCCGUCUCAUUGCCAUAUGCAGUAUUAGAAUGUCUGUACAUAAGGAUAAAAAUUGUCUAGUGUUGUGCUCAUGUUAAGAAACAAAACACACAGGUUUAGUCUCUGCAAACAUCCACCAGAUUACAUUGGACUCCAGGCUUCAGGGCGAACCAGGUGAGCCAGAGAGGGAGAUGUGAAUCACACACUGUGACAGGAAAAAAAACCUUACCGGUUUAUCAACACAUUGUAGUAGAUUUUAUCCGUAUGAACAUUAUCUUUGUGCAUGCUUUGUAAAAGUAGUUUCUCAUGUCAUUGUGGCAAGACAAUAAAAUAUUGAGCUAAACCUGUA